AUGUCCCAACCAGAAACCACCGACUCAAUUCCCCCAUUAACCACCUACCCAGCAACCUCUGAAAGCGAGCAAAUCGCCGCCCUCCGCCUAAUCGCCGACAGCAUCGCCCAGCAACGCCAAACCGCCUCCUACGCCAUCAUCUCGCACCCUCUCACUCUAUCCCUAACUGCAAUCCCUCUCGCCGUCAUCUAUAAAUACCUAUACAAUGACCGAAGCGACUGGCCGAUCAUCGGGACAACGUGGGCGGGGUGUCUAAUGGCGGGGUUACUCCUCGUGCGACUCAUGACGAAUGCGUAUAUCGAGUUAGCCGAGAAAACAGGGACGUGGAGAUGGCUGCGCAGCACCCAAAAGCAAGACGCAGACGCAGACCAAGACACAGAAGAUGAUGUGGUACUCGUGACGAAAUACGGCCAAGAAAUCAUCGGUGCGUUAGUGUUGCGCGCCCCAGACUGCAUCUCCAGCGCAAACGCAGACGCAGACGCAGACGCAGACGCGGACUUUGCAUCGCGCGUGGCGAGUAUCCGCGCGUGGACUGUGGAAUUGCGAUAUCGACGCAAAGGAAUCGGGAGGGGGUUGCUCGAGGCUGCGGUGGGUGUUUGUCGGGAGCGAGGAUGGGAUGGGGUGGAGUUUGCGGUGGGACAUGCGCAUUCGGGGAGGUUGGGAUAUGGGGGGGUAUUUGAUGGGGUUUUUGAGGAGAGGGAGAGAUGGGGGAGGGGGGUUUUGGAGUGUAUACAGAGAGGGUCGUCUCCUUCUUCAUUUCUUUUCUUCAUCAUCUUCAUCAUUCUGAUUGAAUCUGCAUUUCAUUCACUUCCUGCCAUCUAUCUAUCUAUCUACACAUCUACACACAUCACAAUGUCAACAACAACCACCUCCGCCGCCGCCUCCUGCACAGGCAACAUCUACGUGAUGCCCAUCCAAGACGCCGCCUGCGCCGUCCCCUCCAAGUCAAACUACACAGACGUCAUGGACAAAUGCUGCAAGCCCGCCUCCGUGACCUCCUACAACGACGACUGCGCCUACUACUGCCUCGCGCAGGAGCAAUCCGUCGGCGCCCUCACAGACUGCCUCACUGACAACGGAGUCGGCUACAACGACGUCUGGUGCAACAGCGCCAACAAGUCCUCGACUGCGACGGCAUCGGUGUCGUCGGCGACGAACACGGGAACUGGAACGAGUUCGGGACAGAGUGCGAGUAAGACUGGGGGGGAUGAUGAGAGUGCGGGUGUGGUUUUGAGUCAGCCUGUUACGAAGAGUGGGUUGGGAUUGUUGGCGGUGUUGGUUUGCUCGGUUGCUAUGGGGGUUGUUGUUUGAUUGAUUGAUCCUAUUUGGAGGAUGGAUUAUUGAGUACGGAUGCAUAUAGUAGAACUAAUUAAUACCCUCAUGACUGAUGAAGAAGGACCAGUAGAUCAUUCAUGUAUGCACCAUGUAAGGGAUAAAGUAUGCAAUCACAUCAUCUACAUCAUCGCCAUAGCUGUCGUCACACAGCAUUACAUCAGACAAGAAAGCCUCCCCCAAACACCUCGACAUCUCCAACGCCAACGUAUCCAUCCUCAUCAACUCGCCCGAUACAGCGCGCAGAUAAGUUUCGGGGAGGGGAAGAUGGCAGAAAUAACCACGGGAGGUGCCUAUAUCCUAGAAAUGCUAGAUCAACCUGCCAUGUAUAUAGACGCUUAAUCCAAUAUCCUCAAUCCCACAAAAUCCGCCCCGUAAGCCUGCGAUCCCUUCU